AUGCCUCCCGCCCGUCGCACCCUGAGCAGACGAAAUGUGCGCGGCAGAGGGUAUGCAAAACGAGGCUAUCGACAAAACGGCGAGCUCUCCUUUCAACUGAAACGAUCAUACGCCCACUUCUCCCGCCAAAUGGACAUCAAUGAAAACGAGACCAUCUCUGAACCGAUCCGCGCCAUGUUCCAUUCGGUAGAGAAUGAAGAUCCUGGAUGGCUUCCUGAGGGCCUGCAUUUUGCCUUCGUGCUGAGGCGACAGGUGCUCGUGCCGUCUGAGGACAUGGUCAAGACUCUGUUUGAUGGCGGGGAGACGCUGUCUGCGAAGGUCCUGAACGAUGAUGGCGUCGAGUAUGAAUGGGAUGAUGGUAGCGUGUUCACUCCGAAGCCUCGUCGUGAAGGUCGCAAUGCAGGUGCUCCGAUCUAUGAUUUUCGUGGCUCGUGA